AUGUCUGUUCCAACCGUCUUCGUCUGUGGUGCAACUGGCACUCAAGGCGGUGCCCUCAUCGACCAUCUACUUAAACACAACGUCAAAGUUCACGCGAUUACCCGGUCCCUUGAUUCUCCUGCUGCAAAACGCCUCCAAAGCCUAGGUGUGACAAUUACCGAGGGUGAUUUCGACAAUGAAGAAUCCGUCAAACAAAACAUGAUCCACUGCACCAGCCUCUUCCUCAACCUGAUGCCUGCGUUCACAGACCUCAACACGAGCCUUGAUCAAGCCCGCCGGCUCCUCAAAAUAGCCAAGGAAUGUGGCGUCAAUCAAGUCAUCUACACCAGCGGCGUAUCCGCCAACGAUCCCUCUCGCAACAAACACUGGGAUCCCAACAACAUCAUCGGUAAAAUGAUGCUCAACAAACAAGCAAUCGAAAACGAAAUCCACAACGCAGGAUUUGAGGCCUGGAGUAUCCUUCGACCAGGCAAUUUCAUGACAAACUUCCUGUUCCCUAUGAAUCAAAUGUAUCCCGGGUUGGCAGAGAAGGGGGUAUUCACAACAGCUCUCGCACCGGAUACAGUGCUGCCUAUGGUCGACCCGAAUGAUAUUGGCCGAUUCGCUGCCGCGGCAAUCCUCGAGCCUGUCAAGUUCAAUCACCAUGAGAUCGAGAUUGCGUCAGAAUUUAUGGGAGCGGAGGAGAUUAUGCGAGCUUUGGCGCAUGCCACUGGAAGGGAUUUCAAGGCGGUCUUUAUGUCCGAGGAAGAAGUUGAUAAGCAGAAAGCUACCAAUCCUUUCGUUGCAGGCCAGCUUAUGAUGCGUGAUCUGUCCUCAUUUGUGGAUAUGGAGAAGGUAAAGGCUUGGGGUCUUCCUCUUGGGACUUUUGCUCAGUUCUUAAUGCGUGAAAAGGAAAGAGUGGAUACAAGUUACCCAUGA